UCGUAGGAUGCUUCGCCUCCAUGCCACUAAGUGAAGCUAGAAAAGGCGGAAUAGGCUUAUCUUUGAAGCCCAAAGUGUUUCGAAUUGAAUUUCAAAAACGUAAACAGGCUUCCAAUGUUGUGAAUUUAAAAAGUUCGACCGUUUUGCGCUUUCCUUCUUACAUUUACGUGUGCUCAUCACGAAUUGGAGUUGGAGGAAAACUUCAAUAUGAGUUUCUCAGAUGACAUAAUUCCGUUCAAAAACGGUGCAAUGGCUGUAAUUAAACAAGAGCCUAUGGAUACUGACAUUAAAGUCGAAGUUGAUUCGGCUGACGAGGAUGGCAAUAUGAUGCUUGGACCAAGUGUUCUUGGUCUCUUCAGGGUUGGAGAAUCCCCUGUUCAAAGCUCGCAGAAAUCACAAGUGGUCUUAAACCGGAGAGGAAUGCCUGCUAGAAUUCGGAAGAAAAAUAGGCUAUUUUUUGAUGACGACAUUGUAAAUACAAUUCCCAAGCCUUCACCGAAGAGAACUCCAGGUCCUCGCUCACCUAAGAAGAUAGAGAGGAAACCUGUUAAAGUGAGGGAGCCACCAGCUGCACGUCAUAGGGAACCGUCUCCACCUCCUGCUCCCCCUGUUGUGACUCCUAAGCCUGUUGUCAGUAAACCACCACCCGACCCCCCUGAACUGCAAACAUCACCUGACAGACGUCUCGGCCAAAAAAUUGGUAUGCGUUUAAGGAACUUAUUGAAACUUCCAAAAGCACAUAAAUGGGUAUGCUAUGAAUGGUUCUACAGUAAUAUAGACAAAACUUUGUUUGAGGGGGAUAAUGAUUUUAUGGUCUGUUUACGUGAAUCAUUUCCUCAAUUGCGUACUCGUAAAUUGUCAAGAGUAGAAUGGUGUCAAAUGAGGCGCAUGAUGGGGAAACCUAGAAGAUGCUCUGUGGCAUUUUUUGAAGAGGAAAGAAGAGAACUUGAAUUGAAGCGUACCAAAAUUCGUCUUCUUCAGCAGCGAAAGCUGACUGAUCUCUCCCAAUGCAGGGAAUUACCUGAUGAGAUACCGCUUCAGCUAGUAAUUGGUACCAGGGUGACAGCUCGCUUACGUAAACCUCAAGAUGGGCUAUUUACAGGAUCAAUUGAUGCUGUUGAUACUUCCAACAAUACUUACAGAAUUACUUUUGAAAGGCCAGGCCUUGGGACUCACUCUGUUCCUGAUUAUGAAGUCUUAUCAACUGAGGCCCCAGAAAUGAUUUCCCUCAGUAGUUUUGCCUCCAAGUUUCGACCUCGACAAUCUCUCCAAAGUGGUACUCCACUUGGAUCUGGUAUCAGCAGCAUUCUAUCUUCUGGGCUCCUGGGUAGUGAUUCUUCAGCUCAGCGGUCAGGAAUUAAUGGUCUACCUGCUAAGCUGCUGGACACCUUGGUCAGAUUGCAAAAGAUCCUUAACAUAAAGAAAGGAAAAAUUAAAGUCCUGAGAAGUUUAAAUGCAGAUGCAGAAAGGAAAAAGUCUUUUGGAGAGCCAAUUACAGAACUUUUCCAACGGCAAUAUGCAUCAGCAGUUAUUGAUUUGGAGAGGCUAAAUUCAGACUUGCAUCGUUAUCUGACUAACAUGCAGGCAUUGUGCUUUGAGAUUGCCCCAGAUACCAACACAGCAGCUCUUUUUACACCAUCACACUUGCGUGACCGCAGUCGAGAUGAUGCCAGACAAAUGCUGGAGAAGUAUCACGGUACUGUACAUAGUGAAAAGAUGGUUGACCUAAUCACAGACUUAACCGCUCUUAUGCUUCAAGUAAAGUCUGUCAACGUUCAGAGUUUGUCGGAGGGAGAUCAUAGUCCAUACGAAUUAAAAGUUGUGCAAGGCUCCAUGGAGCAAAUACGCUCGAGGCUCAGCCCUGCCAAUCAGCAACUCUUUCAGAACUGUGUGGAGAUUCAUUUGCAGCACAUUCAAAUGGGACUUGGUCAAAGAGGAGCAUUCACCCCAUUCAUGAGUCAGAGGGCUUAGAGCUCAUCUACCUCUAUCAAUAGGUGUUUAUUUUGUGUGUUGUAGUUUUUCUGGAGUGCUUUGCUUGUAUUUUAAAAGCAAUUUUUGUUAAGAAGACUAUUUCUGCGGUUUGUUUGCCACUCUUUUUAGAGUGUGUCAAAUUUUAGCAAGAUGUCUGUAGUACUGUUGUAUUGAUGUUUAUGAAUGUACGUAUGAUAAGUCAAUUUUUAAGGUAUGGGUUUGAUGUUUUCUGCUAUGUGCUAUGUUGGUUUCUUUCUAUUCAUUGAGGUUUUUUAAGAGCAAAAAUAAUGUUGGGUUGAUUAAUUUUAGUUCCAUUCUUCGUUACCAUUCCACUAUGAUCAAUCAGUUUUACUUGUCACAAUGAUCAAAUGUUAAUGAAGUAGAAGUAUGUGAAGUAACACUGAUAGGUUUUAGUGAAAUGGGAAGGAUUGACAAACUCUGAAGAGUAAUACAUACCUGUACACUGUUGUACAAAAUCCUUUGUACAUGUUGUAUAUGGAACAAAUACCAUAAUUUAUUUUUGUAGUACUAUUCAAACAUUUUGUUAAUUUGAUUUCUUAAAACAGGUGGUAAUUUGUUAACAGUAUUUGUAUGAAUUUGUCUUGGAAGUUUAUUUUGUUUAUUAGAAAGUGUUGUAAAUAGCAAUUUAUUGAGAUGUUUUUGUUCAAAGAGAUUUUUUAUUUACCUUAUGAAAAGGUUUUUAUUGAACAGGUUCAAAAAAAAAAAAUGUACAGUUAUGUAUGUAUAUAGGAAGUGGCAAAUUGUUUUAUCGUGUGAUGGGAUUUUUCAACCCUAAGUGUAUCUUUAAGGCAGUAAAAUUUUCUUUUAACUCA